GCUGCGGGGCGCGGAGCUGCCGCCGGGCUCGGGGGUCCCCGCCGCGCGCGCGUCCUGCCGGGCCCCCUCCGGGGGUCGCGGGCGCCGAGACCUGGCGCGCGUGCCGCGGUGGGCGCAGGGACCCUGGGAUGCGCGGAUGCCCCCGCGCGCCGCGGGACGGCGGCCGCCUCGCGGGGCCGUGGGUGGGGCCGGGCUGGGGGGCUCGGGACCCCCCCGGCCGUGGAUUACACUUGGCGCUGCUCGUCGCGGGGCUCGAGGAUCCCCCCGCGCGGUCUCCGGCUUGGACCCCCUGGAGGUGACGGCGGGGGCCCGGCCGGGCUGGCGUCCUGCACCAGGGGAAGCGGACGGGGAGCAGGCGACGGCUCCCGGAAGCCCAGGGGGAUUGCUCGGACACCCAGGCCACCCGAGCACCCGUCAGCCGGCCUGGGCUGGACCGCAGGAGCGACUCCCGGCUGCCUCUCUGCCCCAUGCUACCCCCCGGGAAGCCCCCGGUGCCAGCGGUCCUGGGGCGAGAGGACCCUUCUCUUCAGAGGCAAGUGUGUUCUGGAGCGGAUGGAGGACGCCCGUGCUGCAGCAUAUAGAACAUUCUGGAAGGACCUCGGAUACAGGAACAGUGGGAAACAGCACGCCUCCCGGCCCUGGUCCUUCCUCCUGGGGAGACUCCCCUCUGGCACUGCCCACCCCCUGCAUCUCCCGGGGCUGCCGUUUCUCGGCCCGCCUCCGUGAGCCUUUGGGCUGAGCGCCUCAUUCCUCCUCCCGGCUCCAAGAUGUCCCGGUCACGUGCAGAGGGAAUCGUUGGCUGCACACGGACCACACGGGAUGGGAAGUUUGGGUUCUGGCACCUUCUAAAGAGGCCAGAGCUUGGGUGCUGCUUGCAGAGUACCCACUCUGCAUGGGAGGGGCCCUGCCCCAUCCAUCUGGCACCAGCCAACCCCCCACCCCCCCGCCACUGGCUCCAGAGCGAGCGAUGCGUGUCCAUCCCUCAAGGUGGAGGCGGCCGUCCGCCAGCCUUCAGGGUCAGCCGGUCCACAGCUGGGCGUCCGGAAGAGCAGAAGACCAAGGUCCUGGCUGGGACCAGCCUCGCAGCAUUGCCCGGACACGGAGGCACGGGCGGCCGUGAAGCCCUUUUCUCUCGCGCAGCUCUGGAGACCCGGUCCAGCACUCCGGGCUUCCGGACCAGACGGUCCAGUGUCACAGCUGAUGUUUCUCGACGACGCUCCACUAAUGCUCCCGCGGGUCCCUUUUUGCUUUGCUCAGUGGUCGCCCUGUGCAUGGCAGAAAAACCAGGAGGGCUCCUCAACUCCCGUCCUGCGCCGGCCGUCGCCCAAACGCAGGUGCCAGUGCUCCCGUGCGUCCCCGGACCCCAGCAAGUGGAUGUUCCCCUUUGUAGAACGAAUUGAAGGUCGCCACGUGGGGGCCAGAGUCACGCAUGACAGCAGGAGGGCGCUUGCCUCGUAUAGAGCAGACCUGGGCUCAACCCCUGACUCCAUGGAGAAUCCUGCAGGCCCGCCAGGAGUGAUCCCUGAGCACAACUGGGUGUGACCCAGAAACAAACUGUAUCACUGUCAUCUCGUUGUUCAUCGAUUUGCUCGAGCGGGCACCAGUAACGUCUCCAUUGUGAGACUUGUUGUGACUGUUUUUGGCAAAACGAAUAUACCACAGGUAGCUUGCCAGGCUCUGCUGUGCGGGCGGGAUCCUCUCGGUAGCUUGCCGGGCUCUCCGAGAGGGGCGGAGGAAUCGAACCCAGGUUGGCUACGUGCAAGGCAAACGCCCUACCCGCUGCGUUAUCGCGCCAGUCCAGAAACUUAAUAAUAAAGCUAGACAUGUUUCACUGCU